AUGCUGCCCAAGCGUAGACUUCUAUCAAAAAAAAAAAUAAAUCAGCCUAUUAGACAACCCAUCUUUAAACGUAAAAAUAGCAUAGAAAAGGUUGCAUAUGAUAAACCAUCAGAAUCAAUUAGAAUCAAAUUUAUGAAUGAUGAAUUUUUUAAAGAUAAAAAGGUUGUAUUCGAAAGGAAUCAGAUAGCUGUUUUUGUUGAAGAUGGUGAAACUUUGGAGGCAAUUGGCU